GCCAUUAAAUGAAAACAUUAAUGAUUAUAGACAUUUAUAUAGAAUUAUAUAAUAAGGUCUUAUUUAGGACCCUGAGAAAGUGACAAAACUAUGAACUCCUAAUUGCUCUCAACUGAUUCACUGACUGGAAUCUACAUUUUUCCUCCAAAAAUGAGUCGUCAACCAGAAGUUCUGUGGGCACAAAGAUCGGAGAAAGUGUACUUGACGAUAUCAUUGCCUGAUGCUAAAGAUGUGUCAUUGAAGUGUGAACCAGAUGGUGUUUUUAAUUUCUCUGCUGUUGGUGUGAAUGGAGAUUCUUUCUCAGUCACUCUCCAGCUUUUUGGGAGUAUUUCACCUGAGCGAUGUAAAACUAAUAUUGGGUUGAGAAACAUCCUCUGCUCAAUCCAGAAGGAGCAAAAAGGCUGGUGGCCAAGAUUAUUGAAGGCUCCAGAGAAGCCCGCUCCAUACCUGAAGGUCGAUUGGAACAAAUGGUGUGAUGAAGAUGAUGAAGAAUAUUCGGACUCUGAGGAUGGUGGUGUUGCGUACACUGGAGAAGAUGACGAGAGCAGUGAUGAUGGAGGAAUGCUCUAUCUUCCAGACCUGGAAAAGGCUAGAGGAAACUAAAACCAGCAUGCUGAAAACUUUGGAAAGAGGCUGAUGAUCAUCAGAGGUGUUUAGAAUUUAGUCUUUAAGGAAGCAAAUAUAAUGACUUUCUUGCUGAAGUAUUCAGAUGUAUAGAGGUGGUUGUAAGACUGAUUUUAAGCCAUGUGUUUGAUCUUGUUUCACCUUAUCAGGUUGGGUAUGGAGUCCCUUUUGUUAGGGACUUUCGAUGCGAAUUUGGAUUUACUCGCACCCCAUGUGAUACCGAACACCAGGGGAGAAAAAAGAAAAGAUGAAAGUUUGUUUUUCUA